CGGCGGCAGGAGGCGGUCACUGGAGCUGGGCUGGGGGGGUGGUCGGGACGAGCGAGGGGCCAUGCCGACAACGAGGGAGUCCAGAGCCCGCUCCCGAGCCCGCUCCCCAGCCCUCCUCCCUCGCGCGGCGGCGACUCGGCGGCCGCUAGAGUAACCGCUGCCUUUGUUCCGAACGCCUGUCCCUCUCGUCGCCCUAGCCUCUCUCGCCGCCGCGCUCCGGCCGGCCCGCCCUCGGUCCCCGAACCCCCACUCGGCUCGUGCCGCGCGGAUGCGGCUGCCGGGCCUGGGUUUGGGCUUUGAGCGGGAGGAGGAGGAGGAGGAGCGGCGGCGCCUGGGCGGCAUGCGAUGGGGAACUGCUGCUGGACGCAGUGCUUUGGGCUCCUCCGCAAGGAAGCUGGGCGGCUGCAGCGCGUAGGAGGCGGCGGAGGAUCCAAGUAUUUUAGAACAUGCUCAAGAGGUGAGCACUUAACUAUAGAGUUUGAGAAUCUAGUAGAAAGUGAUGAAGGGGAAAGCCCAGGAAGCAGUCAUAGGGCUCUUACUGAGGAAGAAAUUGUUGACCUAAGAGAGAAGCAUUAUGAUUCUAUUGUUGAAAAACAGAAGGAUCUUGAUAUGAAAACCCAAAAGGAGUUAGCCUUACGAGAAGAGAAGUUAAGACUAGAAGAAGAAGCUUUAUACGCUGCACAGCGUGAAGCAGCCAGGGCAGCAAAGCAGCGAAAGCUCUUGGAGCAAGAAAGGCAGAGAGUUUUGCAGCGAGACCAUCCUUCAAACAAUGGAGAAUAUCAAAGUUCAGGACCAGAAGAUGACUUUGAAUCUUGUUUGAGAAAUAUAAAGUCACAAUAUGAAGUUUUUCGAAGUAGUAGACUCUCAUCAGAUGCCACAGUUUUGACACCAAAUACAGAAAGCAGUUGUGAUUUAAUGACCAAAACUAAAUCAACUAGUGGAAAUGAUGACAGCACAUCUUUAGAUCUAGAGUGGGAAGAUGAAGAAGGAAUGAAUCGAAUGCUUCCAAUGAGAGAACGUUCCAAAACAGAGGAAGACAUUCUCCGGGCAGCACUUAAGUAUAACAGCAAGAAGACUGGAAGUAAUCCUACAUCAGCCUCUGAUGAUUCCAACGGACUGGAGUGGGAGAAUGAUUUUGUUAGUGCUGAAAUGGAUGAUAAUGGCAAUUCUGAGUAUUCUGGAUUUGUAAAUCCUGUUUUAGAACUGUCUGAUUCUGGCCUAAAGCAAUAUGAUGCAGAUCAACAAAAACGAUAGGGAAAAAUUGUGUGAUCUUGUUUAUCAGUUAUGACCAAAUGUUUAAAACCAACUAGAAUGUGCUGAGCCUUUUUGUAAGAGGGGAGAUAAGAAACAUGUUGUAAAUGCUUAUUAGAAAGGAAUAGGAAUGAUAGGCUAUAUCUGAAUUGCUUCAGAAUUAAGUGCAAUUUCAUCAUCUGCCUUCUGCUUUUCAAAAACAAUUUAAUGGUUCUGUCAUGUUAUUAAGUAAAUUUAUUUAACUCUUCAUCAUAGCAAUCCUGUUUACUAUUUGUAGAUUUUCACUUUUUAAAAUAGUUUCAUUAGUUUCACUUUGAAUGCUUUCUUAACCCUAUUUCAGUAGCUAACUGUGAAAAAUAUUAAGGUAUUUUGGGUUAAUUCUCAGCAGAUGCGAAGGGAGCAUGAGGAGUGUCUGCCAGAUUCAGGUGUAGAAUAGUGUUACUUUCCAGCAUUAUUUAUUCCUGUGACUUACUUAAAUUUUAUUAUCUAAUAGUAAGCACAAUUAAUCUGAGUAGAUAACCCCAAAGGCUGCAGUAUCAGUUUCUUUAUACACUUAUUGCAUAUCCUACUAUAAUAAUGUUGACUCAAUCUGAACAAAGUAUAUGAUAUGUUAAAAUAAUCUUUCAGAGUUUGGACACUUAAAGUGAGUAAUCAAAAGAUAUAUAAAAAAAUAUAUAUACUUAGCUUUUUCACUUCCUUUUCUGUGCCACUAUAAAUGAAUAUUGACUUUAAUUGAUAUAGUAAAUUUCUAGCUGUCAUUUUUUUAAAUUCUAUAUUUCCAAUGAUGGUCUUGAAAGAUUUUACACAGAACAUAUUCCCUGUGCAUGAUUUAUUAAGAAAGGAAAACCUAAAAAGGGUAAUACAGGUAUUUCAAAGUAAAUAAAAUCCUUUCUGGUAUGAAAGAAUCCAUUGAUUUUAUUAAACUUUCCUUUGCCUAGUAAUACAAGGUGCUUUAAUGGGAUGGAAUUAAGUAAAUCAAUAUAUAUAACUGCAUAUUAUAAUAUACAACUAACUUUUCUCUAAAGUGUAUGUAUCAGUUUAAAAGGCCAAGGAUAUAAGACACUCCCUAAUUGCUUGUCGAUUUUUGCUGAGGAUUGAAUAUGAUUUUAGUAAUAAGCAAGCUGUUUUUUUAUUUUUCUUAGUGUUUUGGUUUUUUUUCCUUUUCUUGCAACAGUGACAGUGCAUGUUCUCGAAAAUAUAGGAAGGUCCAGAUAUAAAUAGUAACUUAAAGUUCUUGCUGUACUUUAAAAAUAUCAUGUGGCCCUUUCAAUAUUUGAACUGCUGGGCAAUGACAUCUAUAGUUUUGUCUUUUUUUAUCUCAUAGAAAUAAAUAUGACACUUUAAAUAUGUAAAUAUAUUAGGUAAUGCUGUUAUUUAUGUCUCAAUAUAAUUUAAGUUGUAGCUAUGUCAUUGGAAAUAUUUUAAAGAUAAUCUAUAUUCACAUUGCCUGUGUUAUGCUUUUUAAAGUUUGUAUACAUCAGAUGUAUAUUUUUGGUUUGGCAUAAGCUACUAUUGUAAUUUUUCUUGGCAUUUUGUUCAUAAAGAAUUUUUUGAAGGAAUGGUAACUUCUCAAAGGUUGUGAAUAAACACAUUUUUACAUUUAAAAAUAA